AUGCCGGUGCUGAGGAUGGUCAUGAAGGACAUCGGACCUAUUGGACAGGAUAGAAACUGGAAGGGCAUCGGCAUCUCCCUGCUGGUUAUUUUGGUGGUGCUCUCACUUAUUGGACUGUCCAUUGUUCUGCUGUCAAAAGAUGAUGGUGGCAAACCCUUUGGUUCACAGUUGACACUGGAUGACCUCUUUCAAAGAAACUUCCAAAUACAUGAUCCUGAUGCAAAGUGGAUCAGUGAUGAAGAAAUCAUCUUUCGGAGCUGGGAUGGAGACGUUUUGAGAGUCAACACUCGCGGCAACGAGACAGAACUCCUGCUGAAAAACACAACGUUUGCGACUUUUAAGGCCUCAAAGUUUGCAGUUUCUCCAGAUCUGAACUUUGUUCUUCUGGGAUAUGAUGUCAAGCAGGUCUAUCAGCAUUCCUUCUUGGCAUCAUACCUGAUCUACAACCUGUAUACAAGGCAAGUGCGGGAGCUGAAUCCUCCAGAGGUGUCAGAUUCAGUCCUCCAGUUUGCCUCAUGGGGUGUUCGUGGUCAGCAGCUGAUUUAUAUAUUUGAAAACAACAUUUACUACCAAACGGAUGUUCAGAGCAGCUCGUGGAGGCUCACGUCCUCUGGACAGGAGGGUGUCAUCUUCAACGGCAUCACAGACUGGCUGUAUGAGGAGGAGGUGUUGCACACGCAGGCGGCUCACUGGUGGUCACCUGACGGCUCCAGACUGGCCUACCUCACCAUCAACGACUCCCUGGUUCCUAACAUGCUCCUGCCCCGCUUCACAGGCUUGCUCUACCCCAGAGGGAAGGAGUACCCUUAUCCUAAGAUGGGUCAAAUCAAUCCCACCGUCAGACUCUAUGUCGUCACUGUGGACGGCAGCUCCCUGACGACUGAACUGAGACCUCCUGACAGUUUUGAAAAGAGCGAGUACUACGUCACCAUGGUGAAGUGGGUGGCGCCCGACAGGCUGAGCGUGCGUUGGGUGAAUCGAGCUCAGAACAUGUCGAUUCUUUCGCUGUGCGAUGUGACGACAGGUGACUGUGCAAAGAAACACGUGAUGACAGCAGAGAAGUGGCUCGAUCGUCAGAAUGAGGAGCCAGUAUUCUCCAAGGAUUGCACGACAUUCUUCGUCACCAUGCCCUUAAAGCACGGCGGCCGCGGGACAUUCAACCACAUCACCAUGAUCUCCAACCUAUCCGAGGGUCAAGAGGUCAACAUCCGCCACCUGACUUCAGGAAGCUGGGAAGUCGCUCAGAUUCUGGGCUAUGAUGAGAGCACCAGCUCAGUUUACUUCCUGAGUACGGAGGAGGGCUCAACUCAGCGCCACUUGUACAGAGUCGCCACCGUGGAUCCAUUUCACAAAGCAUGCCUCACCUGCUCCCUCUUCAAGUUAAAGUGCACCUACUACGACGCCGUCCUCAGCCCGGACUAUCAGCACGUUCUUCUCAGCUGCAGAGGUCCUGGAAUACCCCAAACUACUCUUCACAAACUGAGUGAUAUGAACAAGCACAAGACUCUGGAAAAGAACACGGUAUUAAGACACGCACUGAUAAACAGGACAAUACCCAAGUGGGAAAGACGAACUGUACAAAUCAGCAACUAUGCACUUCGUCUGGAGUUAAUUGUCCCAUUAAAUUUGGAUGAAACAAAGGAGCACCCACUUUUACUGAUUCUUGACAGCGCCCCUGGUGGCCAGGCCGUGAGCGACUGCUUCUCUCUCAGCUGGGACUCUGUGCUCGUCAGCUCAGACGACGUCAUCGUGGCUCGUCUGGACGGCCGGGGCAGCGGCUUCCAGGGUCAGAGGGUCCUGCACGAGGUUCACCAGAGACUGGGGACUGUGGAUGUCCAAGACCAGAUCACAGCUCUCGAGCACCUCGUCAGGCUGCCGUACAUCGACGGCAACAAAGUUGGAGUUUAUGGAAAGGCGUAUGGAGGAUUUCUUUCCUCUCUCCUGCUCCUCUCCCACAGCUCUAUGUUCCAGUGUGGCAUCGCUGUCGCGCCGAUAACAAACUGGAGACUCUAUGGGUCGGCCCACGCUGAGAAAUACUUUGGCUCUGCAGGAAAAGAGGACCACAAAUACCAAAUUUCCUCUCUGCUUGGUAACAUCACAGCACCGAGUCCUCUGAACUUUCUCAUCAUCCACAGCACAGCAGAUGCCACUGUUCAUUUCCAGCAUUCUGCUGAGCUGGUGAAGCUGCUGGCCGCCGCAAACGUUAAUUACACUCUCCAGAUUUUUCCAGAUGAAGGACACAAUAUUGCCUCCGCCAAGAGCCAACAGUACAUGCUGAACUCAGUGCUCACCUUCUUCAGGCGCUGCUUUGAGGACGAGCAGGUCGUUGUCUCGGAGGCGUCCCAGGAGGACGACUAACCUGUCGAACCUCCUGCGGCGGCAGAGCUCAGUGAAAAGUGGAGCAACUGCCGUCGUGGGCCAACAAAGAGAGGCUGUGUUGUCCUGAAGGGCUGCUGUCUGUAAAAGCACUCCAAGAGCAUGAGCAAACCUCCGGUGUGUAAGAUGUGUAGCAUUACGGG